ACAACAACGUCUACAUCUAAUCAGUAAUCAAGUUUCAACUGUGACAGAAACUUUGUUCGUGCACUACUAAAACAUUUUUAGCUAACAUUUUUAGAUUUUCAUCAACCAAAAUGGCAAACGAAGAAGAACCGCAACAAAAACUAAUCAUUACGGAUUCUUCGAAAAUUUCCGAAGAUAUGGCACCUUAUUACUUGAAGGAAACAUUUUCCGACAUUCAGAUAAUCCUAUCCGAUAAGACAAUUCAUGCGCACAAAAUUGUUCUCGCUGCUAGAUGCAAAUAUUUUGAGUCCCUUUUAAUGCAAGAUCCAAAACAAGCCCAGAUUGAAUUAAUGAAUGCACCUUCCAAAGCCUUUGAAACAAUACUGUAUUACAUUUAUACAGGAACCGUUGUCAUGGCGUCACUAGAUGAGAAUUAUGUGUCCGAUGUAUUGAAGCUAGCACACGAAUAUUCGUUAAAAACACUGGUACAAAGUAUAAACGAAAAAAUGGUUUCGAUUGUAGAUUUGACGAACGUUUGUUUCUUUCUAAAUAUAGCUAACGCACAUGACAUGGACGAGUUAAGAAAAACGUGUCAUACUCUUAUCGAUGAAUAUGUUUCGCAAACGUUAGAAUAUGGUUUUUUCAAUGUCCUCACACAAAAAUCUAUGGUUAACCUGUUGAAAAGAGAUGCGUUUCUAUUUGAUGAAAUCGAAGUUUUUAAUAUAGCGGCAAACUGGUGCAAAAUUAACAAAGACGUAGACAACUUGGUCAUCGGAUGCGUUCGAUUUCCUUGCUUAACGCGAAACGAAAUCUUAAAUGUUGUUCGGCCAUUCAAAAUUGUAGAUGACGCAAAACUGCUGAAUGUUCUUACAACGAUUGAAAAUAACGGUACACAAAAAACACUACGCUUUGGUGGACAGUUAAAAGAUAAAAAUCUUGCUAGAGCAGAAUAUAAUGUUAAAGUAGUUUCUGGAUUAAAUACUACUAUGUUGUUUGAAGAAUCUAGAAAUUCGAAUGAUGGCGCUUAUCACAAUAGGAACGAUAAAAACGGUAUCACUGUGGAUCUUGGUCAAGUAAAAUGCUUCAAUUACAUAACGAUGUGUAUAGUAAAUUACCGUACCGGUUAUUACAUUGAGGUGUCAACAGAUUUACAAAAAUGGAAAAAAGUUAUAGAUUACACCACAUACAGUUGUUAUUCUAGGCAAAACUUGUAUUUUGAACAACAAAAGACUAGAUACAUUCGAGUAGUAAUGGACAUGGGUCAUUCAGCCAGAAUUUGUAUGUUUCAAGUUUUCAUGAGCAGUACAGUACCUAAAAUGCGUAACCAAAUUGUUUAUCCUUCUUCCAACAUUAUAACUUCGCAAACCAGGAUAUGGAUCAUGAACAAUUUACCUAGUUCCUUCGUUUUGGAAAUCUAUUUAAAUCAGCCAUACAUGAUUUCACAAAUAAAGGUUGAGCUACGAUUUUACAGAUACAUAUCUGUGAUAGAAACCUCCGAAAAAAUUGAUUCGAAGUGGGAAAUAGUUGCUCCUUCAAUUAACGAAGACAAACUUCUCACUUUUAACGAAAGAACAGUCAAUUUUAUUCAAAUUACUGGUAAACUUUCUCCUAAUAAGACAAAGGACCACUACCGACAAAUUUUGGAAGACAUCGAAUGUUCCUAACUAAGAAAAUUUCAAGUCAAAAAUUGUGAAUUAAAUAUUCACUGAUUUUUAUUGUAAGACCACUCACAUUUGUAAACCAUUUUAGUAAAUGUUGUUACCAUCUUAACAUCUUUUUUAUAAACUUUACAUCUUUAUCAUAGAAUAAUGUUACAAAGUAACCCAUUAUCGCCCCCUAUAAGGCGCCUAUGGGAUUUCCAGUAGGUACGUUACCGAAAUGACCGGUGACUCAUCAAGAAAAGCCUAGAAGUUCUCCGCAAGUGUCGGUGCUCCAGAACAACAUCGAAGCAGAGAUGACGAACUAUCCAGAAGGAACGCGUGAUUGUGUAAAGAAGCACACCGUCAAGAGCGGACAAUCUAGUCAAAUCCAGUUCGGUCCAGUUUAGUAAUGUAGUUGCGUAUUACUGAAAAAUAAAUUGUUAAUUUUUA